AUGCUUGCUGCUAGGAGGUGCUUCUCUCUCGGUCAAGCUGCUUCUGCAGGAAGACAGAUGUCGGCACUUGCGGCCACGUGGAUGAGAUCUAGUCCCAGCAGUCAGGCACACUUCAUGCCAAAGGCCAAUCUGGAGCAUCCCCAGUAUCGCUGGGCCCACGGGGGUGCCGAUGCGUCGUCAAAGUUUGCAGACAUGGUGAAGUCGAAGGUGGAGGGUCACAAAGUCAUGAUCUUCUCCAAGUCCUACUGCCCAUAUUGUGCAAAGGCCAAGUCUACGUUCAACGACAUGGGAGUGAAGUAUGAAGCCAUGGAGCUGGAUGUUGUCGACAACGGAGCCGACAUCCAGGACACUUUGAACAUUCUCACUGGUGGUCGAUCCGUUCCAAGGGUUUCGUCGGAGGUGGUGACGAUGUUGUGGCCAAGUCCAAGUCCGGGGAGCUGGAGAAGCUGCUGA